UUUAAUAAACCAUGGAAAACAUUUUUUAAAAUACCUUAUCUUCGCUUGUUAUUAGUUAACUUCAACUAAACUUUCUGUUGCUUUUGAAAUGCUUCCUUGAGCGAAGCCGUGCAUUUCAUUUCAGCAACACGGCAACACUACGGAACGGCAUAGGAAAGCGAAUAUCAUUACUACGCUCACAGUACCGCAGUAGUGGGCGAAACACAACGUUGAGAAUUCGAACAACUGCAUUAGUCACAGCUUCUAGAUGGAUGGUCACAUCAACAUCGAUCACCCGACCUUCUCCAGUGGUAGCGGUGGAGUUGGAGGCGAUGCACCUGGGACGGGUGCGGUAAUUAGCGGUGUCGAAGGUGACUCUACUGAUGGCCGCGGAGCGUCACGAAAGCGACGACAGAAAAUCCCACAGGAAGCGGCGGGAACCCAAACAUCAUAUGGAACGACUGAUACCAUUCCAAAUGUAACAAUCCGAGAUCCAAGCCGAGCAGGUACCAGUCGUUCUGAAGCGAGCGAUGGGAAUCAAUCGCGGGCCCCCGGAGGAUCAGCCGGCCGUGGCUCUACGCGCCAACACGAGGAAGAAGAAGAGGAAGGGCUCAAAUAUGGGGCCCAGCAUGUUAUCAAGUUAUUUGUUCCGGUGACACUAUGCAUGCUGGUGGUGGUGGCAACGAUCAGUUCCAUCAAUUUCUACUCGACCAAAGAUGUGUAUCUUGUUUACACACCAUUCCACGAGCUGUCAGAUGACACGGGAACGAAAAUUUGGAACGCUCUUGCCAACUCGAUGAUCCUGAUGACUGUGAUCGUGAUCAUGACAAUAUUGUUGAUAGUGUUGUAUAAGAAGCGUUGCUACAAAAUUAUCCACGGCUGGCUUAUAAUGUCUUCGCUGUUGUUACUGUUUUUGUUCAGCUACCUUUAUCUCGAGGAGGUUCUCCGGGCGUACAACAUUCCUUUCGACUACCCGACGGCAUUGUUGCUGAUGUGGAACUUCGGGGUGGUUGGCAUGAUUUCUAUACAUUGGCAGGGUCCGCUACGGCUGCAGCAAGGUUAUUUGAUUUUCAUCGCUGCCCUUAUGGCGCUAGUGUUCAUCAAAUAUCUUCCCGAAUGGACCACUUGGGCUGUGCUAGCCGUCAUAUCCAUUUGGGAUUUAAUAGCUGUAUUGACACCGAAGGGUCCCUUGAGGAUAUUGGUGGAAACCGCUCACGAACGGAAUGAGCAGAUCUUCCCCGCUUUGAUAUAUUCUUCAACUAUCAUGUACUCGUACAUGGGAACCCAUCCGGAUCCGAGCGAGGAAGCAUUGACGCGUUCCGAUGGACUUGGCGGAGAACGGGAAACCAUCGGCACUAGCACCAGUGGAGCUGGCACGACUAACUAUGGAUCGACGGGAUCACCUGUACGCAAUCUAGCACAACAAUCGCAGCAGCAGCACACGGAUAAUGCUGAAGGUAUGCCCCUGGUUACGUAUCGCGUGAUAACCUCGUCAAAUGCUGCUGAGCACGAUCAAACCAGUGGCUUUACGCAGGAUUGGGCUGCCAACGCAAACCAACGGGUUGCUCGCCGUCAGAUGGAAGUCCAGGCAAACAUUGCCAAUAAUCCAAGCCGUCCCGAGUAUCGUACCGUAACGGCCGAUACUAAUCGUCGUAGCAGUCCCGGUGGUCCGGGAAGCCGUGCCACCGGUGAUUCCCAGCAGGUUCCGCUGUAUGAACAGCCGGAAGAGCGUGGAAUCAAACUCGGAUUGGGCGACUUCAUCUUUUACUCUGUGCUGGUAGGUAAGGCUUCAAGCUACGGGGACUGGAACACAACGAUAGCCUGUUUUGUAGCUAUUUUAGUGGGUCUCUGCCUGACGCUACUGCUGUUGGCCAUCUUUCGUAAGGCCCUGCCGGCGCUACCCAUUUCGAUCUUUUUCGGACUGAUUUUCUGCUUCGCAACGAGCGUGAUCGUCAAGCCUUUCACCGAAGUGCUGGCCUCGGAACAGGUUUUCAUCUAGUUGCAGGCUGGGUUGUGAACUGAACUGAUACAUCAAUACACGCUUGUUAGUAGCAAUCAGAUCUAUUUAUACAAAGGAACCGUGGGUCCAACCUCGGUGUUUAUAUGGAACUCUCCUGUUUGUAUCCAAAAUUUGUGCUUUUAUUCAUUAUACACAAGCAGAAAUUUAAUGUAUCAUCUUACUCUUUCUUAUCAACAAAAAGAAAACGAGACUAUAACAUGUAAACCAUUUUAGCAUUAACUAUCUAUUACAUUAAAAUUUAGCGUUUUUUGUACAACUUAUCAUUUUAGUAAACGAAAAUUUAAUCGAAA